AUGUGGGACCCGCAGGGCAUGAGCGUUCCUUCACUGACAGAAAAUCAACAGAAAGUAAAACCCAACUGUGGGUUGAGGCAGAAAAUCAAGCCAAUUGUCCAAGCCCUCAGUGACAGAGGCUCCUUCCAGCAGCUGCACCAGCCUACGAAAUGUGUAAACCCAAACAGAUCAGCUACUGCCAACAGGAGCUGUGCUCACUACAGCAGGUGCCAGGAGGGCACACAGAGUCCUCAGAAGCCUUCAGCUGUGCUGUACUCUGGCUGGAGACAGGUCACAGCCUGCUGGGACAAGGGAUUUGCUUAUUUUUGUUUCUCUAGGGAGCAGUUCCAGUGCACAGCCAUUGCACACAGCACAGAAAGGCCAUGGCACUCCCACAGUGGGACAGCACCAACUGGAGUGCUCCUCCCUCAUCCACCUGUGCUCCAGCAGGGAACAUCUGCUACCUGGCCAGUCACAGGAAAGCCUCUUUUUAGAAGAAAUUCCCUGAUGCACAGAGAGCUGGAAACAAGCAUUCCCAGCAUGAGGGCUGGCACAGAAUUCUCCCUGGAAGGUGCCCUAACCUUUGGAAAAAUUCUAGAGAAUCACAAUUUCUUCCACUACAUAACAGGUAGGAGGGAGGAACAGCCUUGGAACCAGGCAGGGAGAGCACAGGAAUGUUCUGAACCUUCUCUGAAGGCUGGCACCUUUGGCAUCCCUUCUGAAUCUCCUCGAGGGAUGGCUGUGUUUGAAGCACAGACCCACUUCCAGUGCAGCAACUGACUCCAUUCUCAGCUGUGCCUGGACAGGCUACAGCUCUUCAUUCCUCCCUUCACCUUCCUAGCCCAGGUAAAUCUCAAACGUGUAGAAAAUGCCCCAAAAUGCAGCAGGGCCUUGGCUGAGCUGGCCCUCGCGUACUGGUGAGCAGGGCACUGUGCCUGCAGGACAGGUGGGGCCAUGGCCACAGGUCAGUGUGGCAGCAGGAUGAGCCCUCAGCUGCUGCCUGAGGACAAAGACUCACCCUGGCUCUGGGCUGCACUUCCAGGGUGAGGUGUAACCUGUGCUUGUGCUUGAGCAGCUCUGGGUGCUUGAGUGCCUGAAAGCAGGAGUGGAACAGCAGCAGCACAGCCCGAAGUGUGAACCCCCUCAGCCUGCCUGCAGCCCUGUGUUUGCAUCUCAAAGACAGCCUUUACUUACCAGAUUGGUUCUUUGAGAAAACUGACUGAGGGGAAAUGGCACAUUUUAAAAAGGUGGAAAGUGUGACUUAGCCUGUAAAGGCAUUUUCUGUGAAAAAUGGAGAGCUGUCAACUUUGGAUUAAAACAAAACCUGUGGUGCUAUUGGCUGGGGAGAAAAGCGUGGGGGAGGGAAGGGCUUCGAGGGAGGUGUUGUGCUUGACAUUCCUGCAGUGAGGCAGAAUGGCAGAUGGUCAAAAUAAUAGUUUUCUCCAAAUGGACAAGCUGAAGCAGCUUAGAAGUAAAAAAUAAUUACCAGGCACAUAUCGUGGGACGUAUUACCCUGUGUGGAUCAUGGGAGGCAUUACCUGGCACAUAGAGAGUUUGUACUGUUCACAGAUCAUGAGAUGGCAUUACUGUACACAUAUUGUGGGCAUUAAUGUACAGGAGGCAUUACUGUGGUGUUUGUAGGAGGCAGAACUGCACUCUAGAGGCAGAACCACGUGUGGAGCGCAGGAGGCAGAACUGCACGCGGAGUUUGGGAGGUACGAGAUGAACACAGAGCAUGGGAGGCUGAGCAGAGGAGGUGUGAGCUGAGCAUGGAGCACAGGAGAUAGAGCUGAGCAUGGAGCAGAGGCAGCAAGGGAGGAGGAGGGCAAGGAGAGUGUUCUUGAUGAACCACAGCAGAGGGGCCUGCGGGAAGCGUCGCUCUUACCUGUGGAUGUUACUGUACCGAGAGCAUUAACACGCUAAUCUAAAGGGAGAGAACAAAACCACAUCAGUGCAGGACCAGAAUGGGGGAACAAAACCAUGUCAGUGUAGGACCAAAGGGAGAGAAUAAAACCAUGUCAGUGCAGGACCAAAGGGAGAGAAUAAAAACAUGUCAGUGCAGGACCAAAAUGAGGGAACAAAACCGUGUCAGUGCACGACCAGCACCCCGUGACUGCUGUGGUUGCAUCAACCUGACACAGCACACCCCAUUAAAGGCAGGAAGGGGAGCUCCCCUCAGGGAUCUGCAGAAACACACACCCAUGCACUUUCUUCUGGGGUCUGAGAAUGAAAUAACCAAGGAGGGAAUGUUGGCAAAAAUUGGAAUGAAUAUUCAUUGUGCUUCUGUCAAACGUGCUGCUGUGGGAUGGUGGCGUGCAGCUCCUUCAUGCCUCAGCUCCACAUCCAGCAUUGUUGCUGGUCACACCAUUUAAAACGGACUAAAAUUUGAGGCUUCAUGGAGACCUAGAUAUCUGCGACACUAUAGCCAGGUUAAAACUCCAGGAAUUGAGCAGUGUAGCCAUCCUGGUGUCAGAAGAGAAGUCCUUGAAUGCAGAAAACCUGUCCAUGAGCAGUCACACACCUGCACUAAGACACACACGCACACACAGUGGAGGGCCUCUCACAGGUGAGGCUGCUUAGAGAGCAUUAAGCUUUUAAAAUUCAUUUCUUGCAGGAGGGAUUAAAAACAGAAUUAAAAUAUAGAUGAUGGCACUUUAAAUGCAACCCUGCAGGAAGCCAGAGAGAGAUGGUGUAUUGCAUCUUAAAUCCAGUCCAUAAAAUAAACCUGGUUCCUUCCCCAGGGCAUGUGCUCUAGGAAUGGCAUUUUAGCCAUUGCUCAUGAAGCAGCUGAACACCCCUGAAAGCAAGGGUGGGUAAGAGCAUAACCUGUAAGAAUGCUGAAGAUUGGUACUUGAGAAGAACCAUGAAGUUUUCACAUGGGCUGUGAACUGUUCCAAUCCCCUAUCAACCUUUCAGCCAGGACAGGUCUGUGGAAAUCUUUGUUUUCCUUCCUAGUAAACGCAAAGGUAAUAAAAUUCCAGAGAGAAUCGUUGUCAUAACUCUGCACAGUAUUCCUGCUUCCAACUCCCAAAGACAGGCUUCAAGCACACUGUAAGCAGCAUCCUGAGCCUGUGUGGAAAAACCCAUGGAUAAUUGAAACUGGGUUAAAGCCACACACUUCCUCCCGUGCCCUGGAAAGCUGUAAGUGACACA